GUUACUCUCAAAUCUGCUUCCAUAGCUCUAUCCCCUGCAAACACCACAACUUGCUGAGCUCCUUAAUAGAAUCAAGUUCUCCUUUCUUUCUCAAUAGUCACACAUAAAACCAAGUCACACUCAACACAAAAAUCACCAUACUCUUCAAGGUUCCAUUUCACACAAACAAGAAAAAAAUGAAUAUUUUUUCGGUGUUUGCCUCCUCCUCCUACAAGCCUCUAGUGAUGAGCAAUUUUCAACCUGCGCUCACCACCACCAUGGACUCCCUCUUCCACCACAGCAAGGACAAGGUGGUUGUCAUCAUGGGCGCCACUGGCUCCGGAAAAUCCAAGCUGGCAAUCGACCUCGCCACACACUUUCCACCGGCGGAGGUUGUCAACUCCGACAAGAUACAAAUGUAUUCCGGCCUCGACAUCACAACCAACAAGGUAACCGAGGAAGAGUGUCGUGGGGUCCCACAUCAUCUUCUCGGAACAUUUGAGAAUCCCAACAUGAAUUUCACUGCCAGUGAUUUCUGCAAACAAGCUUCCUCCGCCAUUGGCUCCAUUGUGAAGAGGGAUGGCCUUCCCAUCAUAGCUGGUGGCUCCAACUCCUUCAUCGAUGCUCUGGUCAACCACACCCCUGAAUUCCGCUUCAACUAUGAAUGCUGCUUCCUCUGGGUCGAUGUCUCUCUUCCAGUCCUCCACAAUUCCCUCUCCAGACGCGUCGAUCGCAUGAUCGAUGCGGGCCAGGUUGAUGAGGUGCGUCAAUUCUUCCUCAACGCACAUCAUCAGUCUGACUACACGAGAGGGAUAAGACGAGCGAUUGGGGUCCCUGAGUUCGACCGCUUUCUGAGAGCGGAGGCCUCAGGGGCCGAUGAGAGAACGAAAAGGAAGCUCCUUGACACUGCCAUUGCUGAACUCAAGGUGAACAACUGCAACCUGGCGAUCCGCCAGGUUCAGAAGAUUCACCGGCUCUACAAUAUGUGGAAGAGGAGUAUGCACCGGCUAGACGCCACCGAGGUUUUGCUCAAGAAUGGUUGUUGUUCCCCUGAGGAAGCAGAGAAGGUUUGGGAGGAUCACGUGUUUAGCAAAAGUCGCAGGAUCAUUCAAAAGUUCUUGUACGAGGAAACAACACACCGUGUUGCUUCUAAGAAUAAUGGUGUGAUUUCAUCUUCUUCUUCGAAUUCAAGUACCCCAUCAGCCAUGGCUGCGGUAACCCAUUAGAGAUUAUUCUAAUAGAAGAUUAUGAAACAAACGUCACCACUAACAUGCCUCCGAUGACAUUACCUGAAAUUCUAUACUUUUUUUUUUUGUUCUUUUGGCCUUUGGUUUAGGGUCAUAUCAUUUUGCUAUAGUAAAAUUAAAAGCUUUACUUACUACAUA